GUUGCGUAUUUGUGAAAGGCACACAGCGAGGCUAGGGUCAUGCUGGCUCAAUGUCACCAAGCAAGCACUGAACUAGGAGUAAGGAAGCAUGGACUGAAAUAGGUGAUUCUGUUGCAUACGAUAAGAUUUGAAAGCCAGGCAUCAUGUCUGCCAACAGUUCCAGACUCCUGAUCUCUGCAGUAAGGACUGUCCGCUGUCAGUCCUGUGGAGCCCAGCCUCUGAGACUCGCACCCUUGGCCAGAGCCUAUUCCAUCGACAGCCCCACCCUGAUCGGGGGCUCACAGAAAUCGCAGGCUAUUCAGAAACUGGAGAAGCUUUCAAACAGCCACAGCUUAACCCAUAGGAACCUAUCAGCAGUGGCUAGUUCAUUAAAGGGGCAAUACAGACCGUUGUCAAGGUUUGACUUCCUGGAUGUCGGGGAGGUAGAAGAGAACAUUAAGAAAGCCCUAACCUGCCGCGGCCUUCGGCGGUUCAUUGUCAAUCCAGACAUUGCCAGUCUGAUUGCUGAUCACCUGGACAGUGACCUGUCAGAAAACAGGGCUGUAAUAUUUGAAUGUAACCCUGGUCCUGGAGUUCUCACACGAACACUGCUUAAUGCCGGUGCCCAGCGAGUGGUAGCACUUGAAAGUGAGAAGACCUUUCUGCCAGACCUGCAGGCAUUAGAGAGCAGUCUGGAUGGCCGGUUGGAAGUUGUGCACUGUGAUUUCUUCAAGCUUGAUCCAAUUGGUAAAGGACCCAUGAAGCCACCUGCCAUGUUCACAGAGAAACUCUUCAAUGACCUGGGAAUAACAGAGGUUCCUUGGACUGCAGAUGUUCCUGUGAAAGUCAUUGGGAUUUUCUCCCAGAGGAACGAGAGGAACAUGCUCUGGAAGCUCAUCUAUGCUCUCUAUGAGCGCCUCUCCGUGUUCCGGUACGGCAGGGUAGAGCUCAUCAUGUUCAUCAGUGAAAAAGAAUACACGAAACUGACUGCCAAUCCGGGGGAUUUGAGGCAGUACCAGGCUCUAGGUGUACUCUGGCAGAUGGCUUGUGACAUACAGCUUCUACAUAAGGAACCAUGGUCUUCAUUUGUAACAACAUCCAAGCAUGGGGGUCCUGCAAUUCCACGAAGCAUGUUCACAAAUGAUCAUCUGUGUCUGGUCAGGAUGACCCCACGUAGAGAUCUUUUUACAGGCACCUUGACCACCUCCAAUUCAGCAACACUUGUGAUGAUGAUUAAACAGUGCCUGGCCAAACGUAAAGCUAAACUGGUUGACAGACUAAACUCCUGGAGUCCUGGCAGUGGACCGAAGCUGCUGAAACAGCUGGAGCUGCCAGAGGACAUUUUCACAGGCCACAUCUAUCCAGAGGAAUAUAAACAUCUCUUCCAGGCCAUGGAGCAUUCAGAGGAAUUUCUCCAGAGCUGGUUGUAUGAAGAGAUCCUGGAAAAUACUCAGAACACUGGCUUUCAGUAGAGAGUAUUUUGUCUGAGCACACAGCAAGUACAAUGAGGGGCUGAUUCUGUUACCCUGAACCUGCUGGGAUAAAUUGCAUUACAGAGAAUCACCCCUGGUUUGCAUCAGCUAACCUGCUUUCAUUACCCCUAAAGACAAGUGGCUGAUUUAGUUCAGAUGGAUUAUGUAGUGCUGGAAAACACUUUGCAAGUCCAGCUGUGGCUUAUCCCGGUAUACGUUAAGUCAGCCGCUUGGCACGGCCUUUUGCAGUGUAUUGGUACUUCAAGGGAUAAUGAGCAAUUCCUUUCUAAUUUUUUUGCUAAUUGGUGCAAAACCUUUGCUAGUAGUAACAAAGAAAGGGAGUUUGCAGGGCCAGGUGUAACAUUAACGCUAUGAGGUACUUCUAGCUGAAUCGUUAUGACAAUAGGAAAUAUUACUGGAAGCCUUGGUUACUUAUAGUCUAAAAUUACUGGAUCCUUGUUCUUGUCAUAACUCCCUGUUGUAAAUCCAGAGACAAUUCUGAUGUAUUUUUCAUAUUGGUAAUCAAUCUCCUUUUCAUAUUCACCUCCCUGUGUAGACUCCAGUUCAUAGCUCUAGAUAAGAGCAGAUUAGUUAGUUUGGAUUGAAUUAUCAGUCUUAGUGCUGUUAACUUCAAUUACGUACAAGUGGUGGGUGCUGUGCAGAAGAUGCACGGUUUCAGAUGUUGGUUUUGUUAACCUUGGUACACUUUGGGCUGGCUUUUAAUUCUCUAAAUGGCAGCUAUGUUUAGAUCCGCCUCAGUUUCAGAUAAUUAAACUGUCCCUCUUCCUUGCUAUAGCAUGAAGUUUAUUUCAAAGUGUCUGCAAGCAUCAAAUAAUUAUAUAUCCAAACCAGCUUUCAGAAAAAGUUUAAAUAAAUGAAUACAUGUGGACUACAUCUAGAAAACCGUCUCAUUAUGUCUUAUUUUUAUGUGAAAUGAUAUUCUGUGCAAAAUCCAUAACACUGCUGUAUUUACAUAUUAUGUAUGUUGAAACAGUGCAUAUUUUAUGUAUGGACAGAGAAAAUGAACUCCUAUUAAAAAAAAAAAGAAAAA